ACGUUGUCCAUCCUGCUGAUGCUCCCUCGUCUCAUCGUAAACUCUUGUGCACCCUCUGGUGCUUGCUAGUCUCCCAAACUUCUUUGUGUAGCCUGCUUUGCAGAUUGUCUUCCUUGUCUGUGUGGUUGCUCAUUAUUCAGAGACAGACGGAUCUCAGGUCAUCUGCAGCUGCAGCAAAGGAGAAGCAGGAAAGAUGGCGAUCAUCCAUUAGACCGACCGGGCGCACGCAUGAAAUACGAAGACAACUUUUGGGAGGAUCGCUUGAGGAGAAGAUUGUACCAACACAGUGAACCAGCUCUGUCAGCUUUGAGCUGCCUGUGGUGGAAAAAAAUCCUGAAUUCUUUGGAGACGCCCGUUCCUUGGGCAGUGUGGUGCCACCGGACAAGGCCUUCAUUGAGCAGGAACAGGAGUGGUCUUGUAGAAGGGAUCCUCACUGGCUCGGCCUACGAAGCAACAGAGCUGUCCAAGGACGAUUAAAUAUUUAAGAGCAUGGAAAGGAGGUCUCAGUGGUUUCCCUGAUUUUCCAGGGAGUGCUCGCUCUUUUCAGUAAUGGAGGUGUUGCAGUGUGAUGGCUGUGACUUUCGUGCCGAGUCAUAUGAUGACUUAAAGACCCACAUUCAGGAAGUGCACACCGUUUUCCUGCAGCCUGCAGACGCAGAUGAGUCUGACUCUCUGAAAGAUGAGGAUGAAGAUGAGGAGGAAGAGGAGGAAUAUGAGGACAAGGAUGACAAGGAUUAUACGCCUCCUAAAGCUGGAAUGAGCCCCAUCUCUACUGACGAUUCCAACCAAACACAACAAAAGCAGACAGCUGAAACCCACCUGCCGUUUCAUCAGUGCAAGUUCUGUGUUCGUUACUUCCGAUCAAAGUCAUUCUUAAAAAAUCACACCAAAAAAGUGCAUAAUGUUGUAGAGGAAGAUUCAGAGGCAAAUAUCUCCUCCCAGACAGCUAAGCAGUCCAGCUACACCGUUUUAAUGCAUAAUGACCAUUCAAAGGUGUAUUCUUGUAAGUAUUGCACAUACCAGUCUCCACGCAAAGCAAGGAUAAUGAAACACCAACUAAUGUAUCAUAGCAAGGUUCCAUCUGAGAGCACUGGAGAUCCUUCAGAGUACGCAGAGACCGGAGAGGAAUCGGACUCAGCCAGUGUACUCAUGAAGGGAACAUUUGCCUGCGAAUGGUGUGACUAUCAGACUGACCAGAAGGGCAGCUGGACUAAUCACGUGGUGAAGGAACACAGUGACAAGGUCAAGAUAGUUUCUUCCAUUGCAGAGCUGGAAGGGGAGUCAAGUGUAAACUCACCCAACCCAGAUUCUCCCUCCGCUUCCCGAAGCCCGACUAGAUUAAAGAUGAGUUUAACUGACGUUUGUGAAAAGGAAGAGCCGGUAGGAAAAACAGCAGAAAACAUGUCAGAGAAGACAGUCCCAGAUAUCUCUACCUUUCAAUAUGCACAUAUUCGUGCAGUAACACCCAACAGCACAGGUUCCUCCAUUUUGUCCAAGAGGUUUGCUUCAGCUGACAUCUCCAACAGCGUCGUAGGGAUGGAUGCCAACUUAUUUAAUGAGGAGGACUCGCGUAGCAGCUUAGAGGACGAUGAUGAGGAAGAGUUGGGCGAUAUAGAUGAUCCUAGCUAUACUGGGACCCUGUCAGCAGAUGCAAAGCAGCUUUUAACUGACGAGGACAAUAAAUUACUGGAGACUAAAGGAAUACCAUUUAGAAAGUACAUGAACCGUUUUCAGUGCCCCUUCUGCUCCUUCCUAACCAUGCACAGGCGGAGCAUCUCCCGCCACAUUGAAAACAUUCACCUUUCUGGUAAAACCACAGUGUAUAAAUGUGAUGAAUGCCCAUUUAUUUGCACCAGCCCGCUUAAACUAGGCACACACAAACAGAGCCACAUAUCCUCAGAUUUAGACACCAUGGACUUAACAAGUGAUAGUCCAGAUCCUCACAGUGACAAUGCUACAGAGCCAGUUAACGGGGGUAAUGUAAGCUCCAAAGUCAAUGGAAAAAAGAUAACCAGCACACCGAACGACCAGCAGAACCCUCAUCGCUGCACGCUCUGCAGCUUCUCUACCACCACUCUGAAAGGUCUGAGGGUUCACCAGCAGCACAAGCAUUCCUACUGUGAUGACCUAGAUCCCACUGUCUUUGAAAGCCAGCUGACUGACCAGACCGACUCUGAAAUAGAUGCUUCUCCAAUCUUUCUACAAAAAACCCAGACCUCCAUUUUAGGACUUGCCACCAAAAAGCCCUUAGUAACAGGCAAAAGAGCCAGGAAGUCCAUUAAUGACUUGCCUUUGGAUUUGUCCUCGGUUAAGAAGAGAACUAGAAUUGAUGAAAUUGCCAGUAACCUUCAAAGUAAGAUAAGCCAAAGCCAACAGGACAUGAUCAUAAACCUAGAUGACAUGGAUGAUGAAGAUGCAGGAGAAAAUCACACCAGUUCUGAUAAAGAGGGUAGAAACCAUGACAAUAAAAACCCUGUCUUCAAUAAUAACACACAACAGUUUUAUGCAAAAGAAUCAAUGAUCUCUCACGAGGGAGGCAGAAUAGGGAAAAGAAAAAGCAACCCUAAGUCAAAACCUAGAAACCUUCCUAUAUCACUGACUCUCUCAGAUGAUAGUGAAAACAUCUCUGCUGAACCCAGCGACAGUGCUAUUCAAGAGAACGCUGAUUAUUCAGAGGAACCGGGAACUACACGUUUCUACUGUAAACACUGUGAUUACCACAACAAAUCAGCUCGCAGCGUCAGCACCCAUUACCAGAGGAUGCAUCCUUACAUCAAGUUCAGCUUUAAGUACAUCCUGGACCCUGAGGACCAGAGCGCGGUCUUCCGCUGCUUAGAGUGCUACAUCGAAUAUACGACGUACAAUGAUCUGCACCAACACUACAUGGAUCACCACCCUGAAGCAAGCAAUGUGCUAAACUUUAACCAACCAAAUCUGGUAUACAUGUGCCGCUUUUGUUCGUACACAAGCCCCAAUGUCAGGAGCCUAAUGCCCCAUUACCAAAGAAUGCACCCUACAGUAAAAAUCAACAACGCUAUGAUCUUCUCCAGCUAUGUAGUGGAGCAGUCCCAUAAAACGGGUGAAUCGCAAACCCUGAGGGAAAUAUUAAACUCUGGCCCCAAGAAUUUGAACUCAGCCACAUCAACCCCCAGGUCAUCCUCGAGCCCAGUGCUGAAAACGGUCUCUAAGACCCCUGAAUCCAGUGCUGAGACAGACCCUCUCAAAGAAUCAGUGGGUGGCAAUGUUGUUGUCUAUGAUUGUGAUGUGUGUUCUUUUGCUAGCCCCAACAUGCACUCUGUUUUGGUCCACUAUCAAAAGAAACACCCAGAGCAAAAGGCGUCUUAUUUCCGUAUACAGAAAACCAUGAAGGUAAUCUCGGUGGAUCAAUCGCAGUCUGUUGCAAACUCUUCAUAUAAUCUCAGCAUGGCUACACCUCCAAAACAACCAAGCGCAGCGUUGUAUGGAUCAGAUGAAGAAAUGUACUACUGUAAACAUUGCGUGUACAGCAACAGAUCUGUUGUUGGUGUGUUGGUCCAUUAUCAAAAGAGACACCCAGAAGUAAAAGUGACAGCUAAAUACAUCAAACAUGGCGCUCCCACCCCCGGUUUGAUGAAAUUAAUGGAGGAAUUGCAAAUUGCGGCUCCCAAACAGUUUAUGAAGCAAUUUCAAAAUAACGGUCAUGAUGGAUCUAACAACACAAGCCCUAAACCAGGAAGUGGUGAGAAAGGUGAGGACGAGCUAUUCUUUUGUCAGCAAUGUGAUUAUGGCAACCGCACUGUAAAAGGAGUGCUUAUUCAUUACCAGAAGAAGCAUAGGGAAACCAAGGCCAAUGCUGACCUUGUGCGUCGUCACACUGCAGUCGUCCGUAGUCAGCGCGAGCGUGCACAGAUGGUUCAGUCAAGCAGUGUCUCUUCAGCCUUGAUCCCAGCCCCUCCAGACCCUGAAAACACUACGCCCCUGCGCUCCUUGAAAUGCAGACACUGUUCCUACACAUCCCCCUAUAUCUAUGCCCUAAAGAAACAUCUGAAGAAAGAGCACCCCACUGUGAAAGCCACAGCUAUGACUAUUUUACACUGGGCUUACCAAGAUGGCAUUCUAGAGGCUGGCUACCACUGUGAGUGGUGCAUUUACUCCCACGCUGAACCCCAAGGCCUGCUGCUCCAUUACCAAAGACGCCAUCCAGAGCACAAUGUUGAUUACACAUACAUGGCCAGCAAGCUAUGGGCUGGUCCGGAGACCACUCAACAAGGGGGCAAUAUGGAAACUAAACAUUACAAAUGUAGAGACUGUGCCUUUGAGGCCUGUACAAUAUGGGACAUCACUAGUCACUAUCAGGCAGUCCACCCUUGGGCCAUCAAAGAGGAUGAAUCUGUGCUUUUGGAUAUUAUUAAAGGAAAUGGCUCAGCUGAAAAGAUCGACCAGCAGGUUGUCAAAGAACAUGUGUCUUUCGAUUGCCAGCCAGUUGAAGAUGAUGGACCACUGGUCAUUGUCACUACACCUCAAGAAAGCAAUCCCCCCCCUCCCCACCCACGCCUUUCCAUAUCUAACAAUCCUUAUCAGUGCACUGUAUGUCUGUCAGAGUACAACAGUCUCCAUGGCCUCCUCACUCACUAUGGAAAGAAGCACCCAGGUAUGAAAGUAAAAGCUGCAGAUUUUGCACAGGAGGCAGACAUCAACCCCAGUUCUGUGUAUAAAUGUCGUCACUGUCCAUAUGUAAACUCCCGAAUCCACGGUGUCCUAACUCACUAUCAAAAGAGACACCCGUUAGUGAAAGUCACUGCAGAAGACUUUGCUGAUGAUAUAGAGCAAAUCCCCGACCUAAAUGAAGGAGACGACAAGUGCAAAACUCAAAGGCAAGGCUAUGGCGCAUACAGAUGCAAAAUGUGCCCUUACACGCAUGGGACACUGGAGAAACUAAAAAUCCAUUAUGAGAAAUAUCACAAUCAGUCGGCUUCUGAAAUGUUCUCUUCCUCUGUGACAUAUUUCUCUACUGGUAAAGAAACAGAGCCAGUAGCUGAAUGCAGUGCUGGUAAUAUAUCAAGCGCAACAAAGGUCCAGGAGGUCAGUGAAUUGGACCUUGCCCACUCAGAGUUACCCAUCAAUAAGACCGAGAAACAUGCUAUAUUCAAGUGUCAACUCUGCAAAUACUUUUGCUCCACCAGGAAAGGCAUUGCUCGUCACUACCGUAUCAAGCACAACAACGUCCGUGCUCAGCCAGAGGGUAAAAACAAUGUCUUCAAAUGUGCUCUGUGUUCUUACACAAACCCUAUACGCAAAGGUCUGGCAGCACACUACCAGAAGCGGCAUGAUAUUGAUGCCUAUUAUACCCAUUGUCUGGCUGCUUCCAAAACUAUGACCGAAAAGCCUAACAAAGUAAUAGCACCCCCGCCGUCAGAAGGGGACAAUUCAGAAAUGAGUGAAGAGUUGCGUUUGGCUGUGGAGAGACGAAGGUGUUCUCUUUGCGCAUUCCAGGCCUUCAGCAGGAAGAGCAUUGUCUCACACUACAUUAAACGCCACCCUGGUGUCUUCCCCAAGAAGCAGCAUGCUAGCAAGCUUGGCCGCUACUUUACCGUUAUCUAUGCCAAAGAACCUGAGAAGAUUGCUGUCAGUUCAAUAGCAGAGGAUGACAAGGAAGUGCUGGAGGUUCAGCUAGAAACCGAGCAGGACGGAGAGGUCGAAUGGCUGCCUUACAAGUGUCUAAAAUGCUUCCGCUUGUCCUUUAGCACAGGCGAACUGCUUUCUAUGCACUACAACGACCACCACAGCAAUGACUUGAAGAGGGACUUUGUGGUAUCGCCCGAUCACAGUGAUGAGGACUCUGAGUUGUACCAGUGUUCUCACUGUGAGCUGAAGUUUCUGGCUCUCCCGAUUCUGGCCAAACAUCUAUUGAAUCACAAUGAGGAGUUUGAGAAGAGGGCCAUGAGGCUGGAGAGGAGGAGGCAGCUGCUCAGCAAACAGAAAGCCGCAGAACUGCCCGAGACCAAACCUGAGAAGGAAAACCCUGUAAAUAAAGCUCCCAUAGGAUUCAGGUGUAACUUCUGCAUAGAGAUGCACCCCACCCUCCGAGCCAUCUGCAACCACCUUCGGAAGCACGUCCAGUAUGGAGAGGUCAAAGAGGGACAUGUCAAGCAGGAAGUCAGCGAGGUCCCCCUGACCCUGCCUUCAGAGAGCCUGACUAACGGCGUCCUCGAGGGGGAUGAAGCAGCUGAAUCUGAAGCCGAUUGCAUUGAGAGACCCACGGCUGCGAUGGUCGGCCAAUCCUUGGUUUCCACAGCAUCUGGUGGUGUUGCUGUUGCCGCUGAGCCACUGGAACCAAAAACUGAUGCUAUUGAAGGAAGGGCAGCAGCCCUUGUGGCUGCAGCGAGGGCCGUGGUGUUAGAGGGCGAACUGAAGCAGCGAUUAGCAGCAGGGGGUCACCCAUGUGCCCAAUGUGACCGAGUCUUUAUGUCCAUGCAGGGACUGAGGUCCCAUGAGAGGAGCCACUCAGCCAUGGCGCUGUUCAGCAGAGAAGACAAAUACAGCUGCCAGUACUGCCAGUUCGUCUCACCGUUCAGACACAAUCUGGACAGACAUGUGCAGUCUCACCACGGACACCACAAGCCCUUCAAGUGCAAACUCUGCCCCUUUAAAUCUGCCUAUGUGAGUCGCUUGAAGAGCCACCUGCAUAAGGCACACACAGGUGAGCAGUAUACAUACAAGUGCUUGUCGUGCCCCUUCUCCUCUAUGACCAUCAGUCAGCUGAAGGAGCACUCCCUGAGAGACCAUGGUGAGGCCCUGACCCUUCCCAAACUCCGGGCUGCUACCCAGGCUGCUCAUGGCGCCCUAAGGCCCUCACGUCUGGCCAGUAACACAGAGCAGGCUCCCUUGGCCCCGGAUGAUCUAUCAUACCUAGAGGAGCCAGCGGAUGUUCGUCAGCAGCUUAGUCAUUACCAGCUAGCCUCCCGCAGUCAAAUGUCUUCUGGCUCAACACCUGGUGGCUCAACAGUGGUUGAUAAUCGACCAGACAGCAUCCUCACUUGUGAGUUCUGUGAGUUCAGCUCUGGAUACAUGCAGAGCCUGCGUCGGCACUACAGGGACCGCCACGGUGGCAAGAAGCUCUUCAAGUGCAAAGACUGUUCCUUUUUCACCUGCUACAAGAAUACCUUCACCAUGCAUGUGGAAGCCGGUCACAACAAUAACAACAACAACAACAACAUCAUCGACAACGCACCUGACCACUUCUCUAAAGACCUGCGCUGCCCUCUCUGCCUCUACCACACAAAACACAAGAGCAAUAUGAUUGACCACAUUGUCCUGCACAGAGAGGAGCGCGUGGCUCCGUUGGAGGUCAGCCGCUCCAAGCUGUCGCGCCACCUGCAGGGCCUCAUAUUCCGUUGCCACAAAUGCACCUUCACAUGCUCCAGUGACCGGGCCCUGCAGCUGCACCUGCAGAAGCAUGCUGAGAUCAAACCCUACCAGUGCCAGCUCUGUUAUUACGACAGCAGUCAAAGGAGCCAGCUAGAAGAGCAUCUGCGCCUUGAGCACAAGGUUGUUCGGAACUUUGAGCUCAUGGGCCGGGUCAACCUGGACCAGCUGGAGAUGAUAAAGGGACAAGGGAGCAGCGCAGAAGAGGAAGACGAAAGAGAAAUCUUGGAGAUGGUUGAAGAUGGGAAAGAAGUUGCAGAGGAGGAGGAUGAAGAAACUGAAAUGGAGAUUGUGGAGAAGAUAGUGGAGGAACAGAGAGAGUUGGAUGAUGAAGAGAUAGAAGACAACAUCAAAGAGGAAGAGGAGGAGGAAGAUAAAGAAGAAGUCAGGGAGGUGGAGGAGGAGAAGCAGCCUAGUCUACAAGAGGUCCUUGCAUCUCCCACCAGCAGCAGCAGCACUGCACCGAGCAGCGCAGAGAAGCGUCUUCCCUGUGAGUUCUGUGGUCGCUGCUUCACCAACAGCCUUGAGUGGGAACGUCAUGUCCUUCGACAUGGCAUGAUGGUAAAUAACAGUCAAAUGGACACCAGCACCACCUCUGCAAUAGAGGUUUCAGCUUCAUCUUCCUCUGGCUCUGCCUUGGCCUUGAUGGACACAGGAUUGGUCCUGUCCAGCAACGAGGAAGGGAACCCCGCUGAUCUGUCACUGAGAGGUCCAAGCCAGUAUGUGGAAGACAAAGAAAUGCUCAGCACCAAAAAUGAUCAACAGUUUGGUUGAACUGAUUGUGGCCUCUUGUGCUAGAAAUUGAUAACAUUGGGUUGGAUCAACACUGAGUUGGAUCUUUAUAUAGGAAGUCAAAGGAAACAAAAAGAUUGAAACUGAAAAAAAGUGACUUCUUUUGAGUUGGCGCAUUACUAGAUUUUAGGUGUUACAUAUUUAAGUAUUAGAUUGUGCUGCAUAAAACGGCUGAGCUCUUUAAAUGGGCAGUCCCCUAGGACAGAUCUUAAUAUAUUGGUAACCAAUAGUGAACAGAACUCUUUAUUGCUGACAUUUUGGUCAAAUCUACAGUGAAAGAUCCCACCUAGAUAAAAAAACUAAGCUAUUUAUAAAGAAUGUUGUCCAAAAUGAUUAACUAAAUUUAGUGUUUUAUUAUUUGAAGCACCUUUUACACUCCCCCAAAACAGGGGUACUUUAAAUUUACCCAAAAUAAAUAAACAAGAUAUGAAAGCAUUUAAUCCAUGGCCCACUGUAGAACUACCUUUUCCAUCUUAGCCUUGGUUAGUUGUGUAGAAGUAUUCCUUGAGAAACAGUCACACCUUAUUUAGUUUGGUAAAACCACAAAUCACGUGUUCUUCAUUUGUAGAAAUACUGACAAUUUCCCCCAAUGUUUGUAGCAAAUUGCUAUAUUUUAGGUCCCUUAAUAUUAUACUACGUAUAAGCCUUCAGCCUGUGGCACCCUUUGCAUUUUGACUGUACUUGACUGUACUGUCCAGAUAUUUCACUGAUAAAAAUAAUGGAAUUAGUUUAAGUCUCCAAUCCCCCUAAGAUAUCUUGGUGUUUGUAGUCCAGGUUAAACAAUAUCACAGUUGACCUAUGCAGUAGGUAUCUAUUAAUCUGAUCAUAGCAAAGGUUAGCCUGGAACAUAUAACUACAUGUUUUUACAACAGUGAUGUGAUAUUUGUCAUUGUGAUCAAUAGACCAAGAUUACACUUGUCUUUUCAGUGCAAAAUUGACAAAUAAUUGACUGAAUCCAGCUCUGCACAUACUAUAUGUAUCCACAAAUAUUCACAAAUAACAAUUCAAUGCAAAGUUUGGAGGAGGCUGACCACCACGGCUGAGUGUUAAAGCCAUUGUGCUAGUGCCUUAAAAUGCAGUUCCUCUAAUGGCCACUAAAUGGCUGUAAUUGCGUUAAACGCACAAUAUAUAAUUAUUGUGCCGCAAGGGGGCGCUUAAUCAAGAGAUGGAGUUUUUAGUGACGUCAUGAAGUAGCUUGGGGGUGGGAUCAGGGGAGUUGUUAUCUUCACAACACAUCAUUGCAGUCAGCUUGUCUGCAAUGUGUCAGCUUGUUCAUUGGGUUUUGACCGGGAGCCAAAUUAUCCAAAUAGAUAUACUGCUCUCCAAAACAAGGAAGCAGAUGAUUAAAACCAGUAAAAACACUGAAUAACGCAGUUUCACAUUAAAAAUCAGUGUUUCUCUAAAGCUGUUUGGCGGACAAAGGAUGUCUCAGAGGGGCUAUGAGCCGACCUGCCGCUAACAUUUGCUCAGCUCAAGAUCCAGUCCGAUGACUUAAAUCUUUCAUCCAGUUAAGAUAUAUAGUAAAAAAAUAAAAAAUAAAAACCAAGACCAAAAAAGUAGUUCAAAUGUGGCUUAAAACUUGAUAAAAAACUACAUUAUGAGAUCUUCUGGCAAACAACCACAACACCGCGCAAAUGUAACCUUGAUUAAAAAUACAGAUUUCUCUGGGUUUGGAAAUUGUUGAAAACUUUUAGGAUAAUGUAAGAACAUCUAUGACAUAGGUCUGAAGGUUGGAAAAGUUACAUAUUACAUCUUAAAUAAAGGUCAGCUGGUUUGAAGUAACCAGGAAACCAAGUGUUUUCCCGCAAGAACUCUUAAAAUCUAAUUCCACUUCUUCUGUGUGUCUUAGUGGCAAUUUUCACAGUCAUUGUUUAAGUAAGAUCAGAUUAGAUGAAAUUAGAUUUUCAGUAUGAUUUUAUUGUAAUUGCAGCAAUUGAGUGAGUACCAGUACAAAGAGAUGUGGUGUAGUGGUAUUUAGCCAUGCCGAUAGCUUUGGUUAAGGGGUUGAGAUAUCUGUCUCUGAGAUUUCUGUCGGUCCAGUGGAAGUGGAUGGAACUGAAUUUGUUAUACUCACAGCAUUAAAGAAAAUGCAGUAUUCAUUGGAAUUACUAUAUACUAAAUUAAUAGUCCCUAAAACUGUUGACUGAUAAUUUGUUCUGAGUGUACAACUAUAUUAUCUGGAGUGAAAGUAAUAUAAAUGCUGCUGAGUUGUGUUGUUUUUUUAUGCUUUGAGCAUCACAAAUGCUGAACUGGGUAUGUGUGGAGCAAUUUUUGCUUGAUUGACAGAUGUCUCUGCCUUUCACAGUCAGCCCUGGUGAUUACCUCAACUCCAUUCAGGUCCCUCCACAUUGCCCAUAUUCAGAUUGUUAGGCUCCAAAUGACGGACAGGCUGACAUUAAGCAUUAAACUCAAAUCUUGGCUUCAAGACAUCCCUUUAGAAACGUAUGGCGGAUGCCAUAGACAUGUUUUUUAAUGUCUGUGGUCCAGUUGUGAUGCAACAUACACUGAAAAGACAAGAGUAACCUAGUCGAAAAGCCCUAAAACCAAUUGUUUCCACAUAUAUAGAGUUUAUUUGCCACUUGGACUACAUGCUGACACUGUUAACACUGACUUUUAAAGGUGUCAAAUCGCCCCACUUAAACCCCUUUAAAUUAUUCAUUGGCACAACUGUCAUAGCCUGCAUAUGUGUGCUUCUUUUUAGACAAAGUUAUCAUAUUAUUGUUAUUACUGACAAAAGGCAGAGAUUGUAUAUGUUGGAAGUUGCUGCUUGAAUGCCCUAAAGCCUUAUAAGAUAAUGAAUAGCAAUUAUUAAGACACAUUUAUAUUCAAUUCCAAUAAGACCAAUAAGCAACGUUAAACAAUCGGAAAUAAAGUGGCUGAUAACUACAAUGUCAAUUCGUAAAGGAGCACAAUUAAUGUAUUGUGUUCUUGGUACCAAAACAUUAACCAAGCCUGCUGUGUUGCUGCUGUGAUUCUCUUUCCUGAACAUUCAACCAUUGACAGAAAUAGGAAAUUUGGGUUUGGAACCCAGGUGAACCACACGUUUGCAGCCAUGUAUAGAAAACAAAAUUACUUGUUAAGUGUUUGAACCGUGAUGUUUCAGAAAGGAUAAUUUAACCCUUUUUUCCUUUUAGGUGUUCUCAUUUUAAAAAAAUAAAAAUAAAAGAAAAAAAGAAAUCUAAAGAUGAUAGCUAACCCUUAAGGGCUUUUUGAGUCCCCAAUCCAACAUUAUUACGCUGUUGUACAAUGUCUGGUUACAAUGAAAAAUAUCUCCUUUUUGUACUGUAAAGGCAAUGAGCAGAAGAGCAGUGUGGUUGUACAAUAUUUAAACUCGUGAAGGACAAUGAUGCAGUUCUCUACUAAUUCGUGGCCAUGGCUUUUAUUGUGAAGAAGAAGAAAAAAAUGUUACUUUUGGCGCCAUUACCUAAACAGCUUGGUCUUUUUCUGGGCUUGGCCCAAAGAUUCCUAUAAAAUCUAGGUGACUCAUGUCCAUUUCAACAUCUGACACUCUAGUAACGGCAUCAGCUCACUUGCUCCAAGUAGGCCUAACGGUAGUCUACCCAGUCAACAAGAGGUGGGAAUGUAGCAGCCCCACCAUGCUCCUCAGUAAUACCUUAAAAACCUGUUGAGUCGGUGCUGAAUCUCAAAGCCCUUUUCUGUUUGUUCAGGACCAGCUUGUAGCUUUUUGAAAGUAAAACUGUUUAAAAGCUGUUGUUGUAGAAAUAAGCUUUGUAGGGCAGCUUGUUGCCCAGCUUAAAGGCCCAGUGUAAACAGAUGAUAAAUUGGGACAAUCUGGGUAAUGAAGCUGUCAACCCAAAAUUGUUUGUUGUUCUGUGACUAUUUUAAUAGAAAAUGACUAUGAAUCCUUCACUGUGUGCAGUCUUUAGACUGUUAUAUUCCCAGUUUACCCAAAGUUAAGCCUCUGCUGACAACACACUGGAUAUUUGUAUAUAUGUUUAGUUUGUUUCCGAUGCAUUUCUCUUUUCAGACUGUUGUCGUCAUAGUUUGACACUAGAAUCUCUCCUUCUUGCCUUUCUUCCCAUAUAAAUCUGAUUACCUGAUGGUGGGUUGUGAUGUUGCCUAGAAUGAUUGUUUACAAUUUUAUUCCAUUUAUCUCUGGAUAUUCUGUAAAUAUUGUAAUUCAUUGUCUUUUUUUAACUUGAUAAUAAAGUUAUCAGAUAACAGUUAA